AUGUCGCCGUACGGCUCUCUGCAGCCGCGACGCCCCCUCCCACGAACCCCUGCUGGCUCUAUGGCUGCAGCGCCCCGUCACAAGCCACGCCCUCGAGUGCGCCCAUUGGUCAAGCCCCGUUCCGCCCACGCCCUCGAGCGAUCCCAUUGGCCUGCUCCGACGGUUCAGACAAAGGGAUCGGCGGCGGCUGGCGUUGAUUGGGCAAAGCGCGGGCCACAGCGCGGGAGGGGCGUGGAGGCCACGGCGGGCCGAGGCGCUGUCGUCCGUGGAGGUGGGGCCGUGGGGGCGGGGCGCCCCGGAGGGCGGCGGGGCGCAGGGAGCCCGCUUGCCCCUCCACCCUGCACCCCUCCCGCCCCGGGGCUCCUGCCCGGUCCCCGGCCGCCUCUUCUUCCCCGAGGGCUCCUGUCUCCGCAGCGGGGCCGCCAGCCCGGGAGAGCCGGAGCCUGGACGCAGAAGGCCGAGCCGAACCGGCAGCUGGAUCCGCAGCUCCACACCCCAUGCGCAGCUCCCGGGCCCGGAGUCCACCCCCGCCCCGCGGGGACCCUCUCCGCGGAUCGCGGGCGGGAGGUGCGGCGCCCGCCCAGGCGGGCCGGUCUCCGGCUUCUCGCGCUUCCUGGAGAGUUGGCUCGGCGGGUGCGUCGCCGGGGAGGGAGGGACGGGCCGUGGGGCGACCAGCCGGGUGGGGAGUGGCUUCGAGGGGCCCCUAGCCAGCGGAAGGCCCGCGAGGCCGCCCUCGGAGCACCGCCAGGAAUGAAUAUUUUCUGGAGUCUGGACAGGGAAGAAAGCGACUCCCCCGAUCGCCUCAAACAAUGGUUUCCGGGCUGGAGAGAAAAGAACCUGGGCCCGGGAAGGGACCUCUUUGGGGCAAAGCGCGCAGCCUUGUGACCACCUUCCUUCCGCGGGCCAGAGCCCCGGGCGCGCGUCGUCUCGGCCCCGCGUGGCGCGCGGGGCGCACACCCGUGUCCACCAAAGCCCUGGACCUCAUUUCUCUCAAAAUAAAACUCAACAAGCCAUAAA